AUGAGUACCAGCGCCAACACCAGCACCAGCACCAGCACCAUCAGUGAAGAAGAAGAAGAGGAAAUUCUAGUAACAAGUCGCGAUAAAACACCAUCGAUAAUCGACGUACAUUCGCAAAACGAGCGAGUAUUCGCCCAAUUACCCGAUUUGAUACAAGAAGCCCUCGUUUCCACCGAAUUUUGCGCCCCCAACCUGCAAAUCCGGCGCGUGCACAACGCGCGCACCAUCGAUUCGGGCUUCAUGACGCAACCCAUCUUCUACAUCAGGCGCAACAACGAUUCGGGGAUCUGCAUGCCGGACAUCAAUGUGACGGACGAGAGUAUCCUCUCGAAAUUCGGGAGUGAGUUGACGGCCAAUUUUGCGGAUAUCAAAGCCCAUGGAUGUGCGGCUUUCUAUCAAAAGGUCAAUAUGAGUGAUGGGGCCGUGUAUUCAUUGUGUGCGUGUGCGACCGGUUAUGUGUGGGUGUAUAUUUCGCCCAGUAGUAUUGUGGAUGAGAGGGAGGCGGCGGAUGAGGGGUGGGGGGAAUUUUCGCGGUUGGAGAUUCAGGUGGGGACGUUCGCGUUGAGGAAGAAGGCGAUUACGACGGUGGAGAUUCCGUGUCAUUAUCGCACGGGGAAGAUGGUGGCCCAUAUGAAUGGGGAAUUGGCACUGCUGUGCUCGACGGUGCUGGCGAAGUAUUUGAGAUUUAGGAUGAUGGGCUGUCAAUAUGAGUAUGCGACCGAAACGGCAAUCAUACAGACAAGGCAGGAAUUAGCGCACUUGCGGGUAGUGGAUCCGGGGAUGUUUAAGGGGCUAGAGAAAAUGUUGAGGGAGAUUUGUACGAAUGCGCCGAUGCCGCCGACGAGUGUUGUGAGUCUUAUUUCGAGGAGUAUGAUUAGAGGGAGAUGGGAGGUUUGGGGGAAUAGGAAGGUUUUGAGAAGAAAAUAUUCAUUGCCUGGACGGGUAAUGCAGAGUUUUAGGAAGGGAAAUAGUGAUCCGAUUGAUUUGCUGAGUGAGAGCUAUAAGGCUUUGAGGAUAGAGAAGAAGAAAAUUAAUGUUGGACAUGCGGGGAACCCAUGA